CAAGAUGGGGGAGUUUUCAUUUUAUUUUUUUAUUUUUUGCAAUAUGAAGGAGUUAAGGAGAGUUCACCAUAUAGUAUAUGCAGCCUUUAACGUUCAACUCCGUUUGCAGGGAAUGUACCGCUCUAUCAACGAUUGUGGGGAUUUUAGAGGGGAACUGGGGUAGUUUUGAGAGAAGUCAUAAAAAGCAGACCCUGCUAGAUUCCUUUUUUUCCCCUUUCUUUCUUUAAUCAAACAAUAAGACUUGUAGUCUAACAUUACUUAUGGGUGUCAAUUUGCCUUACUGGGUCCUUUUGCAGUGUGACAGUGUUGUGAUAUGUGCAUGUUGUGCUGUCGAUUCUGAAACUUCAUAUGGCUCUGCCCGAGUACAAACCAGGUCCUAACAUUCUCAGAUCAUCAUAAAUUUAAGACACACCCAGAACUCGGUAUCCUAACUCGUUGUUGGAGAAGGUAAAUAAAACUUAAACACAUAUUGAUAUAGCAGUCAAACAUGGCUGAUCUGACAGCACAUAAUAAAUAUGGUUGUUCAAAAUGAUGUGUGAUUAUCCAAGUUGUGAAAACAAAUGGGAUUCAAAGAAAUCAAUAAAGGAAACUGCGGAAUGCGCCUCCUUUAUUUGUAGUACACCGGUGAGAGCGUGGGACAGGCGGAGAGGACAGAAUUGAACAGUGACCUGGAGGAGCUCCUGGCCCGAGCAGAAUCCACCAAGAUGUGGACGGAUCAGAUCAUUUCCCAGACAGAGGUUUUACUACAGCCCAACACGGCAGGUGCAAUGAUUGAAUACCCCAGAACAUGACUGCACCACUCUUUGACCUCUGACACACAGGAGCCCGGCUAGAGGACCGGCUCUAUGAGCUUCUGGAUUGGAGUGUCCCUCCUCGGCCUCGUGCCCACGAGGUGCUGGGGGACUACAUGAGCCAGGCAGGGCUGGAGAUGGGGCCCAACACACCCUAUGGGGCUGCGCUGCUCAGGUGCGGGGAGGUUCAAAAGCAAAUGGGAGAGGUGGAGAGGAAGUUCACCCAAAGUACCAACAUCCACUUCCUGACUCCUCUGCGCAGCUUCACUGAGGGAGAAUACAGUGCCAUACAGGAAGAGCGCAGGAUGUUGACGAAUAAGCGAUUGGACUUAGACAUAGCCAAGACCAGACUGCGGAAAGCCCACGAGGCAGACACUGAGGCCAGGAACCUGAAUGCCAACCCGCUGGAUGACGCUUACGUGACUCAUGUCUCCUACAUGUUCAGUUUCCUGCGUGUGAAAUGGCUCAAGAUGUGGGCUCAGGAAAUCACUCAGGCAGAAAUGGAGCUGAGGAUUUGUCAGAGUCUGUUUGAUCGGCAGUCAGAGACGACCAGACGACUUCUGGAGAGAAUCAGCAGCACUCAUACUGACCAUAUGCGCUGCCUGACUGACUUUGUGGAUGCCCAGGCCUGUUACUACGCCCAGUGCCACCAACAUGCACAAGAGCUUCAGAAGCAGUUGGCCAGCAUCCCUGCAGUCCGCUGCUCCAAUAACUGGCAAAUAGUAACGAGCAGUGCAAUCAGUCAGCCACCGACUGGCAACCAUGUAGACAAUGAAGCAGGACUGGAGCAAGCCACUCCAGUUUCUAUAGUAAUUCACCAGUUUCCAGACUUCAACCAAGCUCCAACAACUGGAAAGGCUACUACGGGGUCAUCUGUUAUGAUGCAACCACCUGACCAGGCAAGCAAGAACAAUAACAACAACAAUGCAUCGCAGACCUCAUUGGACAGAAAGAUAACUAACCGGUCAUCAGCAAACACUGGAGAAAUCGAGUCUUCAGCCACCAGAGUUUCAUUGGAGACUCAGCCUUUAACCACAAACCGCGGACCUGGUCAGACCUUGCCAUUAGGUACAGAACAUCCUUCAUCAACUGUUCAGACAACGGAUCAGCUGGCAGCACCCAACGGGACAGCUAGCUCCUCCCUGGCAACCAAUGGCAGCGCUAAUGACCCCCAAACAACAAAUGAAAUGCUGAGCCAGCCCUUAACAACCGACAAAGCAGCUGGCGAGCUCCGGACAUUUAGUGACACAUCUAACCAACCCUUUGCAACCAACGGAAAACCAAGCCGAUCCCUGUCAACCGCGGGAGCAGCUAAUGAGCCCCGGAGGACAAAUGGAGCGGCUGGUGAGCCUCCAUUAUCUACGGAAAUGGCGUGCCAGCCCCUGGCAACUAAUGGAGCAACUGGCCCUCCCGCAACAACCAAAGAAAUAGCCAUCCUCCCCUUGACAGCCGCUGAAAUUGUGAGCGCUUCCCAAGUCGGCGAUGACAUGGCUACCCAUCCACUUACAACCAGUGAAAUGGCUGCUGUGACCCAGACAACCACCGACAGGGCAAACGAGUCCCUGACAGCCGAUGAUGAUGACGUGGUGGCUUAAACUACUGCCAGUGAAAUAGAUGAUACCAAGCAUUCGAUAAUAGUCGGCCUUAGGUUGAAAAGAGAUAAGAGUGUGGAUUGAUGGACAGGAUUCAAACCCAGGCCAAGCCAUGUCAGCUGGAUUUCACCCACAAUUGUACGUGGACGGAUUUUGCGUUGAUUGGUGUUAUUAGAUCUGCAAUUAGGAGCGUCCAGGUAGCGUAGCGGUCUAUUCUGUUGCCUACCAGCACGGGGAUCGCCGGUUCGAAUCCCUGUGUUACCUCCGGCUUGGUUGGACGUCCCUACAGACACAAUUGGCCGUGUCUGAAGGUGGGAAGCCGGAUGUGGGUAUGUGUCCUGGUCGCUACACUAGCGUCUCCUCUGGUUGGUCAGGGCGCCUGUUCGGGGGGGAGGGGGAACUGGGGGGAAUAGCGUGAUCCUCCCACGCGCUUCGUCCCCCUGGCAAGACUCCUCACUGUCAGGUGAAAAGAAGUGGCUGGCGACUCCACGUGUAUCGAAGGAGGCAUGUGGUAGUCUGCAGCCCUCCCCAGAUCGGCAGAGGGGGUGGAGCAGCGACUGGGCUGGCUCGGGAAGAGUGGGGUAAUUGGACGGGUACAGCUGGGGAGAAAAAAGGAGAUAAAAGCCAAAAAAAAAACAAUGUGCAAUUACAGGAUAUACCUGGCUGGUCUUCUGUGGUAGAGCUGUGUUAGGAGCCAGUGGGCUAGGUUUUGUGUGCUCAUUAGUACAUGUGGUGUUUUAUCACUUAGGCUAUCCCGUAAUAGAGAGAACGAUGUCAAGUCAUGGUGAAAGAGGGUUUUUUUUCUAAUCAUGAUGUGUUGCAAUGUUAUUAUCAACCAAUAGCCAUACUGAUGUGUCAAUCAUGUUGUAUGAAAAGGGUGAAAUUGGUACCCUCUAGUGGAUGUAGAUCUCCUCUCUCCCGGCCCCAGGCGAGCAGAGGAGGAGGCUGAGUUGACUGUUACGUUUGCUAUAUGUGAAUAUCAGGGUGUUUCUUUCAGUGUUUGUGAAACCAAAUAUUUAUAAAUACUUCAGAAUGCUUAUCGUGAGAAUUAAUCAAAUGUGUUGUGUGUGUGUAUGAGUGUGCGCGUGCGCUGGUGCAUGAGUAUAUUGUAUGUGUGAAUAUGUGUAUGUUGGUGUGUGAAUUUGUGUAUCUGUGCGCAAAUGGGCAUGUCUGUCAAAAUGUCCAAGUGUGUGUGUGUGUGUGUGUGUGAGGCAUGAUUUUUUUAGACCAUGCAGCCCCCUUGUUGUUUGACUUUUAAAUUUAACAGCUUUCUCAAGCUGGUACCACCCUCACCAUAGAGGUGUGUGUGUUUAUAUUUAUGAAUGUGGGUAUGUGUUUGCAUAGACUCACAAACAGGUCUGUGUGCGAGAGCAUGACAGUUUUUGUGUUUGUCAGUGCUUAGUGUGUGUGUGUGUGUAAGAGGAACAGACACCUGUGUUGGCAACAUUGUAAUUAAUGCAGUCACGCCAAUAAAGCAUUAUUGA